AUGGAGCCGACGCCGACCCCACCGGACCCAUCGGACAUUGAGGGACCGGGAACGCCAACUCCGGGCCCGAAACCCCUCCCCAUCCCACUCCCCAUGCCGACCCCGACGCCAGCUUACACGAAGGAGGAUCUGCGAGCCACACUCAAGGCGGAGUCGAAACGCAUGGCCGCCGAGGAGAAGAAGGCUGCUGCAGAGAAGAAGAAGAAGGACAAGGCCGCCGCCAAGGACGCGAAGAAGAGCCCGUGGCAGCUCGAGAAGGAGAGGCUGGAGGCGGAGACGAAGGUCCGCCUGAAGGAGAUUGAGGCCGCACACAAGCAAGCCAAAGCUGAAGAAAAGGCUGCAAAGAAGGCAGAGCAGAAAGCGAAGAGGAAGGCAAACGGAGGGGGGUUUAGCUUCUUUGGCUGUUUCCGGCCCAGAGGAUGUGGUUGUGAUAAAGAGUGCGGCUGCCACUGCGCAACUCCCCCAAACCCCGCGAAGGACGGCGAGGACGAGCUCAGCUACACUUACUACCCGAAGUACGAGCCGAUCAACCAGCCGACUCCGGACUACAGCGCUUGGAAGGCGGGACCGGGACCACUCCUCACCCAGCAACUCGUGUACAAUCCGCCACGCGCUGAGGAGGCUGCACGUCUGCACUCGCGUCUUAGUGGUCGCAACAUUUCCGUGCACUACCCCGUCCUACCGAGUCUGAGGGAGUACGAAGGAGUAUGCGAGCCAUGGAGACGAUAUGAGGGAUGGAACGGCUACGGCUGGGAGGGAGACAGCAUCGGCGAGCAAAAGAAGCCGGAGAAGAAAGGACCACCAAAUCAAAAGCCGGGAGGACAAGGCGGACCGGGAGGAGCUGCCAAGCCGCAGCAGCAAGGAGGAGGGAAGGGCGCUAAGUGUGCUGAUUCCGCCUCGAAGUCGCCGAAGCAAGCGGCAGAUGCCAAAGCUCACGAGUCCAAACCCGACAACGCCGAAUCUCCCAAGGCAAGUGAAGACGGCGAUAGUCGACCAACAACGCCAAGUGGUGGGGCGACAAAAUCCCCAGCCAAGGGUAUUCUCAAGAACGCAAGCGGCAAUCAGAAGGAGGGCGGAGGAAGCGGAGAUCAGCCGGGUAAAGGGAAAGGGAAGAAGACGGUCAGGGUGAACGAGAAUAAUGACAAUGCUUCAUAG